GCCAAGCAGAAUUCACUAUUCACCAUAUUUUUAGUGAUGAUGUGUCUAGUAUUUGUCACUUCCUUGGAUAUGUCUAUGUCGGCUGCUAAUACUGAGAUAGAGGCAUCAACUACAUAUACGAUUGAUUUGUCCUUCACAACCUCUUUGCCUACCAAUGCGAUCAUAUAAUUAUCACAUUCCCUUCAUCAUCAUACUCAACAUUCCAGAGUGGUGCAGUGGCUGGGUGUACAGCUGCUCCUUCUACAGUAAACUCAUGUACUGCUGACAGCUCAGCCAAAACGAUUACUCUUGACUUGACAGCUAUCCCAUUCUCAUCAAUAACUCUAACAAUUCCAGGCAUUACCAAUCCUUCUUCAACAAGCGGUGUCUCUGGGUACGGUGCUUCUUUGACAAAUGAAGAUACAGGAUCAAUAUUAGACUCUCUGAGCAGCUCUGGAGUCCUUUUCACUCCAACCCCAAAGACCCUGACUUCUGCUACAAUCUCCUUAGCAACUGGUUUCACUAAUACUGUAGGAGCAACUAUCGAUAUCCUUGUAGAGCUGACAUAUGCCUCUGCAAUUGAAGCAAAUAGUGUAGUAACUGUCUCAUUCCCUAAAUGGGAGAGUACCUCAGAUGGAGCUUCCUCGCCCUCCUCUUGCCUUAGUAGCUCAAUAGCUUGUCAAAACAAUGCUGAUAGUAGCUCACUAACAUGCUCAUACACCACAGGAUCUGGAUCUAAUAAUGAUGUUCUUACAGUUUCAGGAUUAUUCACAUCUGCAAAAUCAGCAGGUGACACUAAUACAAUCAAAAUCAAGAAUUUUCUCAAUUACUCCCAACUGAGAAGCUAUUCUGUGGAUAUCAGUGUUAAUACAAAUUCAGGCUCAGCAAUAAAUUCGAAGACAGGGAUCACGAUGACUCCGACAACAGCUACAACUCUGUCGUCAGCAGCAGUUGCUGUGAGUAGCUCAGCAGUUAAUGCUCAGGCUACGUAUUAUAUCAACAUCCAGCUAUCAACUAUUCUUCCAAUAGGGUCUUAUGUUCGAAUAAUUCUUCCAAGCACGGUAUCUUAUAAAGAUUCCUCUGAUACUGAUAUAUUGGCAACAGUAACUUCUCCAGGGGUUUUGAAUAACCCAACGAUUGACAAAACAGGACUUGUUGCCACAAAUCCUUACUUUGACCUCACUGGAAUGGUCACGAGUAGUUCAAAUUAUAGGACGAAAGAUCAAUCGUUCCUACUACAGAUUGAUAAACUGAAUAAUCCUCCAAGCAUUGCAACUUCUGGAAGCUUUACAGUAGAACUAUAUGAUUCUAGCAACAACUUGUAUGAAUCUAAAAAUAGUGGCAUGACUAUCACAGCAUCUGCGGGAGCGCUUACAGCAGGAUCAAUUUACUUUAGUGCUACUAGCACUUCUGUGUUAGACCCUGUAAAUUUCUCUGUGUCUCUAACAACUGCAACUGCUGUGAGCCCUGGUACGUCAGCUAGCAUUCUAGUCACUUUCCCAUCAGAGUUUACACUAUCCGGAAGUUCAUGAACCCUGUCAAGCUUAACAGGGUUUAGUUCUUCCUCAUGAGCUAUCUCUGGCCAAGUUGUGACUAUCUCUAAUUUUGCUACUGAUACUCUAACUGCUGGAGAAGCAUUUGGUUUCACAAUUGGCACUAAUGUAAUUUCCUUGCCUUCAAACACAGCUACAUCUAGUGCUUUCACCAUAGAGACACAACUAUCUGGAAGCAGAGUUGAUGUUAUUUCAAGCUUAACUUGGAGCCAAACAACUGUUGGAUCGAUGGGCUUACCUACUCCAAAUACAAAUGCUGUAGUGCCAGCAUCAUAUGUCACUUAUGCAAGUACUACUUAUACCUUUCAAUUGUUACCUCCUCAUGCUAUUGAGCAGAAUGCAGUCCUGACUGUGGAGUUUCCAUCUGAAGUCACUCUUCCGUCAACAACCACUUGUACAAGUGUUUCAAAUAUUGGAUCUGGGCUAAGCUGAGCAAUCAGUGGAAGCGUGAUGACUGUUUCGAAUGGAUAUUCAUCGGGCUCCCAAGCCUUCACAGGCUCUGAGGUUUUGAGUUUCACAGCUACAUCAAUUACAAAUCCUAGAUCCUUACAAGCAACAAGCACCUUUAAGUUUGAUGUGAAAUCUAGUGGAGGAGAUAGUAUAUAUACAGUCACUAAUCCAACCCUAACAAUGACGACAGCUGCAACUUUGAGUUCUGUGUCUAUCACACAAACACUCAGUACUAAUGGCGCAAGCACCUCUUACACUUGGUCUUUUACUACGAAUUCAAAGAUUGUUGCAGGAGAUAUCUUUAAAAUAACACCACCAUCAACUAUUACAUUCUCGAGCCCAACAUGCACAGGAGUUAAUGGAUUAGCAUCAUCUUUAACAUGUUCAGUGAGUUCUGGAAACCUUCUAGUCACAAUUGCAUUUGCAAGAAGAAAUUUGGCAUCUGGAGAUCCUGGAUCUUAUUCAUUCAGAACAACUGGAGUUACAAAUGGACCAAGUACUGCUCCAUCAUCAGCCUUUACUAUCCAAAGCCUUCUUAGUGACCAGUCUACUCUUAUUGAACAAUCUACUACCUCUACUGUGACUAACACUCAGGCAGGAACGAUUACCAGUGCUUCUGCUUCUGUUGAUUCUGUUUCUCUUAGCACAGCCGUUACAUAUACACUAACCUUUACACCAGUGAACUAUGUACAAGGAAUGUCAUUCAAAAUCACCUUGCCUAGCCAGUUAAGUAUCAGUGAUGGGACGAAUACCUGAACUAAUCUUCAAGGCCUCACAGAUGCUACAUUCAACUGUGUCUACACAGCUUCAACCAGGGAAAUAGUGGUAACUGGGCAGUUUUCUGGAACUUCAAACCCAGGACAAGUAUCAUUAUCAAUGCCCUCAAUUAAUAAUCCUUCAAGCUAUGGAACUACGAAUUCAUUCUUGGUGAAUACUUAUCAUACCCAAAGUUCUACAGAUUAUGCUAUCGAUCAGAUUACAACUGGGAUCACAGUCAGUGUGGCAUGAGAUUCUACCUGCCUCACAUGUGGCUCUGUUUCUACCUCCUGCGAGUCUUGAGAUGUUACCAGUUCUUAUAAAUAUCUUUUAAGCAACCAAUGUCUAACUUCUUGCCCUGAUGGUUAUUAUGCGAAUACAAAUGCAUGCUCAACAUGAGAUUCUACUUGUAAGACCUGUAGUGGAGAUGCCACUACAUGAGUCACCUGUAAUGUAGGCAGGUAUCUCUUUAGCUCACAAUGAGUUACAACUUGUCCAACAGGAUAUGAACCAAGUGGAACAGAAUGAGUGGUUCAGACUACAACUUCUUCUGACUCUUCAUCUGAAGGAAUUAUCCCAUUCCCAUUUCUACUGGUUGUCUGUAUUCUUACUUUCGGGUCUUUAUUUCUAAAAUGAGUUAAAAGAGACACAAGGUUCUUACCCACAACAAUUGCAUUGAUUUGCUUAGUUGAGCUGGUUGCAUGGGGAUAUCUUGGAUAUUUACUGUACCAAAAAUCAUACAGAAUGAGUACCGGACUAGUUGCAUUCGGACUUCUAGCAGCCUUUCUUACUAACAUUAUCUUCUUUUGAAUCUACUGAGGUUCUAUCAGAAAGGAUAGAGGGUUUAAGCGUUUCAGAAACAAGAGAAAGUGUUGUCAUUGAUGAAUACUUACACUCUCAUUUACCAUAUGGCAUAGACUCUUUAGGAUGUCUUAUAGCUACUUUGCUGGUUCAAGAGGGCUUGGAGGUGUUCUCACCACAUCUCUAGUCAGCGUAAGAGUUCUCUCAAUGCUAUCAAUAUGUCUCAGUAGCUGUCCUAUUCUCUGAGCUUGAGCUUAUAACUUGUUCUACACCAACAGAAAUGAACAAGUCUGGUGGACUGAUUGAGAGGUGACCUUAAUCACGAUUUACUCAAUCGUAUUAAUAAUUCUGGAAAUAGCAAAGAUGCCAAAGUACAAGCUUCCCAAAAAAGAAAGAGGAUUCGAUAGCAUAGAAGGUAUAAAUCAAUCAUCAAGCGAACUCGUAGCAAGCACUCCUGAAAAAGAUGAUGUGAACCCAAUCUCCAGAAGAGCUCUCGGCAGAAAAUUUGAAGAAGUUGGGAUAAAAGAAGAUGAAGAAAAGUUUGAUAUUUUUGGAGCCCCUAUUCCGAUUAAUGAGGACCAUCCCAAAAUGAGAUAUUCCAUCCAAGGGACCAAGAAUCCAAUGCACCCAGAUGGCCAAACAAAUUUAGAUGAUAGGAGAAUAGCUAGUGAGCCAGAUUUAAAAUACAAAGAUUAUGAAUCUCAGCCUAAAAAUAAUAAUUCUAGAUUAGAUGAUUUCAUUUCCCAAAUAAAAGCUGGCAAGCCUCUCCUGCAUGAUCCCAAAGAAGAGAAGAAAGAUACAGAGCGAUCUCUGACUCCUCAUGAGGACCAUAGUGACCUUAACAAAACUGAAGAUAAACCUUCUCUUGACGAAGACAAAAAGAUAGAUUUUACAGAAGAAAAUGAUGGAUUCACACAGUACCAGAACACUGAAGAGAAGACUCUUGACAACCUAAACAAUACUCUAAAAGAGCAUGGCGGUACAGACCAGAACAAGGAUGCGACACCUGAGGAGAAUCAUUCAGUCAUCCCAGAGGACGAGAAGGAUGACAAUCCCUCAGAAGAAGCUAAGGAAGAUCUUCUCUCACUCGAAGGCUCUCAGAAGAAGCUUGGAACUGAUGGUGACCAGCCGUCUCUUGAAGGAGACAACAAUCUCAUCUUUGCAGGGAUUAAUGGAGAUACUGGCCAUAAGACCAAUGAUUCUCCGGAAGGAGACCAAGAAGACCAUCCUGAAGGGGAUCAUGAGAGUCAAGAGAAAGCAGACCAAGACAAAUCUCCUGAAGAGAUAUCUGAAAAAGACUCAUUCUCUCCUAAAGAAGUACAGGAGAGUUCUAAAGAGUCUGAGAAGAAAGACCCUGAUCUUCUGGACCAGGAUGAUUCCAGGAAUGGAGAUCUGACCCAAGAUAAGCUCAUGAAUAAUGAUGAGAAUCUAUAUGAUGAUCCACAACCACAGGAGAUAGAGAAGGCUCUUGACCCUGAUGGGUCAGAAAAUGAUAGCGACAAUCUUGAUGAAAUGAACGAGGAAGCUCUCAAAAGAACAAUCUCGGAAAAAGAGCAACCUCUUGAUGAAGUCAUCAGAAGAAAUGAGGAGAUUAUUGGUGCCCCUGGCCCAGUCAAGACUACUCGUAGUGAAAACGACAGUAGAAUUCAUCAUGCUAGUGAUGAUAGAGGAUCAAAAGAGACUACUAAUGGGGUACUUGAGACCCCUCCGCCUGAUGACUCUGACGAAUUUGAGGCUGAUAUUGCUGCUGUUGAAGUUAAUCCUAAAAACGCAAAACCAAGAGUAUUCUACAGUAAUAAAUCUGAAUCCUCAGUUGAGUCAAUGAUGGCUGAUACACCUUCCAACUACAACAUCCUUAACGGGAGAUUUGAUGAAAAGAAAGGGUCAAAAGGCAUGCCUCCCAGAAGUAUGCUUGAUAAGUAUAAUGCAGGGUCUCAAAGAGGUAAGCCUAGCCUACAGAAGGGCUUAGAUGUGAUUUCAGAAGUUCCAAGCAAGCCUCCUUCUAACCUGAAUACAAUCAAGCAUGUCAAGACAACCAAGAAUGAAAGAACUUUUGUAGACUCAGUUGUUGGAAGUGAGAAAAACUCAUACAUGGGAGACGGAGUAGUAGCAUCUCAUGCAGGAAGAAUCGCUGAUAGUGAUAAGGGACCACUAUCAGAUCACAACCAAUCUCAAAAGACAUAUGAUAUCAGGAAUAAUGGGCCUGGUAGUAUCACUGCAAAGUAUCCGAUAAGUACUCUUGAGCAAUCCAAGAAACUUCACAGGGAUUUGAAGUAUAACCAAUUUAUGACCUCUAAUAAAGACUCUGAGCUAGAUUCAGCCAAUGGAGGUCAUGAAAAUAAAUCUAACGAGGAAUCUAAACACUCUAAGGCUGACCCUGAGCUCAAAAACGAACUUCGCUCUGGCCUUCCUCCAAUUAGAUAUCCUAAGCCAAAGAAAAAGACGACUGCGAAGCCAGAAUGGAAAGUCAAGAAUGGAGCUAAAGCUAGUUUGACUAACAUAAAUGACCUAGAAGCUGCUUAUCUCUCCAAUAGAUAA